AUGACGGUCACUUUGGACGAUGUGUCUAAUCUCCUCCACCUUUCCAUUGAGGGCCGCAUGAUGGACCAUGAUGCGAAGGUGGAUCGGGACCAUGAGAUUACAUUGAUGACAAGGUUGUUGGGCAUGUCAGAUUCUGUUGCUCGUUCUGCGUCAAAGACUAAGUAUGGUGCUCAUAUUAGUUAUCCUGCACUGAAGCGACUUUAUGAGGAGCACCUGACAGAAGCUAGACGGCUGGAAGACCCACAGACGAUGGAAUGGCCGGUGGAGAGAGAUAGGAGGAGGCAUUGGUAUGUGAGGAGUUUUCUUCUAUAUCUCAUCGGUAGUGCGCUGUUCACUAACAAAACGAACGGACACAUCAAUGUGAUAUAUCUUGAUUGUAUGGUGGACUUGAAUGCGAUUGGGAAGUGGUCAUGGGUAGGGAUGAAUUUAGCUUACAUGUAUGAUUAUCUUAAUGAUUUUGUCCGUCUGUGUAACAAGACGAUGGCUGGAUAUUCAUACCCAAGUAAGUCUAACAAGAUCUGGAAGGCACAUAUGCCAUGUGCCGGGAGAUGGCUUACUAGAAGAGGGCAAACAACGGUGCACCAUUACCACCGACUCCUAGAUCGCAUAUGGGUGGAUGACGCGAAGUGGUCUACAUAUCAUGAUCACAGAGCGGUGCGCCAUUUUCAGAUUAUUUGCACUUACUCAAGAUGGCUGAUUUGCGGGAAGGAGAGGGUGUACCGUCAUUUACCUAAGCGGGUGAAGAGGCAGUUUGGGUAUAUGCAGGACAUCCCCAAACAUCCGUCAGAUGUCCCUGAGAUUCUUGUGGAUAUGAUGGCUAAUGUGUUCAAAGAACCCCGUCCGUGGUGCUAUAGUGAUUGGGAAGAGAGGUACGAGAAAGCAUGA